CACAUAAACCCGUCACGCGCCCGUCACUAACACCAACUGCCAUUGUGAACUGACAAUUGUCACUUUUCCGCACGAAAGUUAGCAUUUGCAAAGGAAAAUAAGAUGCUGUCGCAAUCCCUGCUGAGUGGCAUGCGCGUCCUGCGCACAGAGGCCCGCCGUAACUUCGGAAUCGUUGCUCCCGCCCUGAGCAAGGCCUCCGAUCCCAUCCAGCAGCUGUUCCUGGACAAAGUGCGCGAGUACAAACAGAAGAGCGCCGGUGGCAAGCUGGUGGACUCCAAUCCCGAUAUUGAGCGUGAGCUGAAGACCGAACUCGACCGUGUGGCCAAGCAGUUUGGCAGCGAUGGCAAGACCGACAUGCUGAAAUUCCCCGAAUUCCAGUUCCCCGAUGUUAAGGUGGACCCCAUCACCCAGGCCCCCCAGUAGAGAUUCGCUCCUCGCGAAUGAGUUAGUCUAAUUGCUUUAAAUUCAGCUGCUGAUUUCGCCUGUGCGCCCCCAAAACCGCGGGCACGUCAACAAGAAACCAAUAAAAUCGGGAAAACAACAAGCGAUUCGUAUGCGAAAGCCAUUAAAA